AUGUCCUCCCCUGAAUGGAAUUUUCGCCAAUAUAUGUCAUUCAUCUACCUUCCAGUAAUUCUUAUUGGAAUUAUCGGAAACAUGCUUUCAUUUUACGCAUAUCGCGGGAAGAAUCGCAAAUCAAUGGUCGCAUUUUUGCUGUAUUCUUUGUCUCUUUCUGAAAUUAUUCUACUCGUUCUUGCUUUGCCGCUGUUUUCAUUGAUGUGGUUACCGAUUUGGUGAGUUCUUAAAGUUUUAUGUUUUUUUUAAUCGAGAAGACAUUCCAAUUGGAUCCAAAUUUCAAGACAAAGACAUGUGCUAAAAAUUUGAAACAAAACACUUUUGAAACAUCUCAAAAACCUUUUUUUUCCAAAAAGUUUAAGAGAUUACUUCUGUCACAAUAAAUCAUCAAACUAAUCUGCGAUUUUUCCCCAAAAGAACAAGAAUCAAACGGGAUGUUUUUAUUUUUUGCAGGACACAAGAGGAAAGUGCAUAUGUAAUAAGUUACACGGCAAAAUACUUGUAUCCAAUUUGUAUGAUCGCCAAAACUUGUAGCCUAUACAUAAUGGUAUUGAUUACAGUUGAAAGAUGGGUUGCUGUUUGUCGACCGCUUGAGGUAUGAAAUUUGAGAAGAUAGUCUUCUUCUAUUCAUUGAGAUCAUCUUCGAUGAAUAGAAAAAAGAAAUUGAAAAACAUCAAAAAACCAAUCGGGUUAAAAAUAGAAAGUAAAACCAGGAUGAGAAAAAUAAUAUGGAAUUUUUUUGUAGAUCCAAUUAUGGUCCGAAUAUACAACAUCAAGUAAAUCAAUGUUUCUGAUCAUCGUAUUCGCCGUAUUAUUAAAUCUUCCCAGAUUUUUCGAGUACAGUUUAGAGUAAGUUCAAUUGCGCUCAUAUAUUUAAGUAGAUAAUGAGUUAUUAUUUCAGAGAACACGAAGGAUUACCAACUUUACGUCCAGUUCUUUUGAACGUAAAUAAUUGGCUAUACUUUUAUGUGUAUUUUAUUGGACUCUCAAUUGUUUUUGAUUAUAUGCUUCCAUUUAUUGUCAUGUUCGUUUCAAAUAUUCUAAUUAUUCUCGAACUUCGUCGAACUAACAUGAAACGAAGUUUGAUGACAACUCAACAACAAAAAGAGCAAAAUACAACUUUUAUGCUGUUAGUUGUCACUGGAUUUUUCGGAUUUUGCCAUUUCUUUUCAAUGGGUUUGAAAAUUGCCGAAAGUUUUGCUGGAGAAUUUUUGACUGUUGGGGUGAGUCUUUUGUUUUCAAUUUUUUGUAGACUCUUUCUUCUUUUUUUCUAGAAUUAUCAAGUUGAAAUACUCGGAGAAAUGUUCAAUUUCCUCAUAAUUCUUCACACUGCUUCAACAUUUUUCAUUUAUUAUAUUUUCUCGGAAAGAUUCCGAGCAACCAUCAAAGGAUUGUUGAAGUGAGUUUGAAUUUUAUUUUCAGGAGAAAAUUUACUUUUUUUCAAAAAAAAUUUUAGAUCCAAAAAAUUGAACGGAGAGGUAGGUUAAGUGUGAUUCCAUUAGAUUAUUUCUCUCUUUUUGUUCUAGCUUAAAAUGUUUUCGCAACAAUAAGUUUAACUCGGCUAAAAACCGACAAAAAAAUUCCAAAACAACACAUGUUUUUAUGAGUCCCGAUAGAGUAAAAGCUGAAAAAAAUAAGAUAAAAUUCGUAUUCUGAAAAAUUUAUAUACAUAUUUUUGCAGCAGCAAGACAGUUGUGGAUCGAGGUGGCACAAGUACACCAGUUACAUAUUACACCGAAAAAAGAUCGUCACUUCACAAAACACUAUCGAAUAACACAAAAUAUUCAAGGAUAUCUUCAGCCUAA